UAUAUGAUUUUGUGCAUUUUUCUCUUUCCUCUCGAUUUUUUCUUGGGAAGAAGAAACUCUAUGGGAAUUUUCAGGAAUUUUGUCAGCCAUUUUCUCUCUUUUGUAAAACCAACUAAUUAGGUCUGUUUUUGCUGAAACAAGAACCCUAAUUUUUGUCAGGAUUCAGUAAAGGAAGCAUUUUUAUUAAUGUUAUGCUCUGUUUUUAAAAACUCAAAAGGAAGGAAUAAGUGGUUCUGUUAUGUCCAAGAGAGUGUUGGUACGUUGACUGAGUUGGUUUUGGUUUUUUUGGAGAUCUAACAACUGAAAAAGCUGGUCUUUAAUGGACGUGGUACGGUACUGUUUGUGAAUUAUAUACCUCUCGAUGGCGAUGCUGUUUGUGUGGGAAAACAAUGGCGACUUUCAGAUGUUUCUCUGUUGAUUCGAUUCAAGAGUCAGAGUCAGAAUCAGGUCAGUGUUUUAUCAAAUAAUCCAUGUCUGGUGCUCCUAGAAUGCAGUCCAUGAAUGUGGCUGAAGCAGAGACUAGGCCAACUCUGAGGACUUCUGCUAACAAGUCUAGUCCGUUCAUCACACACAAAGCUGUUUCAAAGUCGUUGAGAAAGCUUGAAAGAUCCUCAUCUGAGCUCAGUGGAUCAGAUGAGUCUUCUUCUUCUCACAAGCACACUCUUAACGUGGCUUCUAUACUACGACGGCAUGAGCAGAACCUAAAUUCUAAUCUGUCACUGAAUGCAUCUUUUUCCUCUGAUGCCUCUAUGGACUCAUUCCACAGCCGAGCAUCUACUGGUCGUUUGAUUAGGUCCUACAGUGUUGGAAGUAGAAGUAAGUCUUACCCUUCGAAGCCAAGAAGUGUUGUCUCUGAUGGUGCUUUGGAUUCACCACCUAGUGGUUCAGAGACUAAGAAGAGGUGUGCUUGGGUGACACCAAACUCCGAUCCUUGCUAUAUCGUUUUCCAUGAUGAAGAAUGGGGUGUGCCAGUUCAUGAUGAUAAGAGGUUGUUUGAACUCCUUGUGCUUUCGGGUGCUUUGGCCGAACACACAUGGCCUACGAUACUGAGCAAGAGGCAGGCCUUCAGGGAAGUUUUUGCUGAUUUUGACCCCAGUGCCAUUGUAAAAAUCAAUGAGAAGAAGCUGAUCGGUCCAGGAAGCACGGCAAGCACUUUGUUGUCUGAUCCUAAGCUAAGGGCCGUCAUUGAGAAUGCGCGCCAGAUACUUAAGGUGAUAGAAGAAUACGGAUCAUUCGACAAGUAUAUAUGGAGCUUUGUGAAGAAUAAGGCGAUUGUGAGCAAGUUCAGGUACCAGCGACAAGUGCCUGCAAAAACUCCAAAAGCAGAAGUGAUAAGCAAAGAUCUAGUGAGAAGAGGGUUCCGCAGCGUAGGACCAACGGUGGUUUACUCCUUCAUGCAGGCAGCAGGGAUAACAAAUGACCAUCUCACCAGCUGUUUCAGAUUCCACCAUUGUAUAUUCGAACAAGAAAGGUAACGUCUGAAAAGAGAUACUUUAACUUGUUAAGAGGUCUCUUUAAUGUUUUGUAAAGCCUCCAAUUUGAGUUUAUUAGUAUUCAAAACAAUGAAGAAGCAAAGUGUGUAAAAUGCAAAACAGUCGAUAUGAAUCAAACAGCAUAUCGGUAGGUAUAAUAGUCCAAAGAAGUAACAUCGCUUCGUUUGAUCUU